AUGGACAUCAAUGGUGCGUCAAGCAGGAAGCUGCAAGACAACGCCUUUGGUGCCGCGGUGCUCAGAGAAGACAGGCUGUGCAGGCUCAUUCAAGAAGAGUUUGGCAAGCAGGCUGAUCUCCUUCAGGAACUGUCUUCUCAGAUACGGUCGGCAGUGGAAAGAGAGAUGCCUCUGCAUGGACACAGGUUACACACGUUCCACACGCGGGAGUCUUCUUUCGCGCAUCGCCCAUCUCCUUCGUCCGCGAAGCCUUCUAAAGCUGAUGGCGACAGCGAACGGGUCGGGGAUCUCGACUCUGCAAAAGCCAAUAGCGAUGGCAAUGGUGAGAGGGGCCACUCCAAGGAGCACAGCAACUCCUUCCCAGGCGACCCAUUCUGGGAUGACGAACUGCAGACCAAGCUCAAUGAGCACCAGAAGAAGGCGUUUGCAAAAGCCAAGUCUGCGACGAUGACUUCUUCGCCUCACAAUGAGCUUCAAGCACAGCCAGGAGUUUUGAGCGCAGUUGCGCACAAGAUUGUUACAUCCAAUGCCUUUCAGGCCGGCAUCAUGCUUUUGAUCCUACUUAACCUCGUCCUUCUGGGUAUUGAGGUCGAUGUGGCCGCAAGUUUGCCCGCUGACGAGGAACCAGAAUGGUUCCAAACACUGAAUGUGAUCAUCGUUCUCAUUUUUGUGUCAGAGAUUGUGUUGAAGUUCAUUGCUCAUGGAUGCGCUACUUUCUUUUGUGGUUCAGACAGAUGGUGGAACAUUUUCGAUCUUGCAAUCAUCUCUGCAUCCGUUCUGGAAACUGCCACAGAGUUCGUGGCGUCUGCGAUAUCAGUGGGCAACAUGGACUCAAGCCAUUUGCGCAUCAUGCGGUUUGUACGGCUUGGGCGAGCUCUGCGUGGGGUUCGUGUUAUGCGACUGCUUCGCUUCAUUUCCGCCCUGCGAUCAAUUGUAUUCGCGAUUCUGAGCACAUUGUGGUCAUUGGUGUGGACUUUGGUUCUGCUCAUUCUCCUGUUCUACUGCUUUGGUGUCAUCCUUGCCCAGCUCGUGUCCGACCACUGUCGGUACCAUGCGACGUCGGUUGAGGAGUGCCCGCCAAUACUCCAAAGGUAUUGGUCAAGCGUCCCGGAAAGCAUGCUUACCCUGUUCAUGUCAAUCACUGGCGGCCUCAGCUGGGUUGAAGCCCUGGAGCCCUUGCGAAAUGCCUCUUCGAUUGCAGCGGCGCUCAUGCUGCUGUACGAGUUCAUCACAAUUUUCGCAAUUCUCAAUGUGGUGACUGGAGUCUUUUGUAACAAUGCCAUCGAGAGCGCCAAAGCUGACAAGGAGAUUGCUAUAAUGAAGCAGAUGCAAUGGCAUCAGAGCCAACUGCGCACUCUGAAAGGUGUUUUUCGAGAGAUCGAUGCCGACACGUCGAACAUGAUCAACUUCAUCGAGUUAGAGGAAGCAUUGUCGCAACAGAAGCUUUCGAGCUUCAUGGAAUCGAUGGACAUUUCCACGCAGGACAUCUGGACACUUUUCAUGGUUUUGGAUGCAGAUGAAAGCGGGGAGAUCUCACUUGAAGAAUUUGUGGAAGGCUGCAUGCAGCUGCAAGGUCCAGCGCAAAGUGUGCAGCUUGCAAGAAUGAGGUACGAGUCGAAGAUUGCUCGGCAGGAAAUAAGAAAGAUGUUCGAAGACAUCCGACACCAUCAAAACCAUGGGAGUGACGCUGCAGGUUGCUGA